AUGACCGCCUUUUUUCAGACACAAUACGAACAUCCCACAGAUGCAGCCUCUUGCGAUACUGGCGCACUGUCCAUUGAGAUGGAAGCCGCGGGGUUGAUGCAAGACUUCCCUUGUAUUGUGAUCCGGGGUAUUUGUGACUACGCCGAUUCACAUAAAAACAAGCAGUGGCAGGGAUAUGCCGCAUUGGUGGCUGCUUCCUAUGCAAAGGAGCUGCUUAGUUGCAUCCCUCGCGGUCAGGUCUUACAGGAGAAGCUGGCGGCUGACAUCUCGACAAUCAAUUAG